AAACGGGCUGAGGCGGCGGCGGCGGCCCCGCCCCGGGGCUCCAUUGUUGAGGCGGCCGCGGCUCUGUCGGCUGUUCAGCUGCGCUCCAGUCGGCCCAGGAGCCGCUGCGAGGAGCGAGCGCUGCGAGGCGGCGGCCUGAGCAAUGGAAGAGUUAAUAGUUGAACUUCGUCUCUUUCUUGAACUCCUGGACCAUGAAUAUCUAACCUCAACUGUCAGGGAGAAAAAGGCAGUGAUAACCAACAUUCUGCUGAGGAUACAGUCAUCCAAAGGUUUUGAUGUGAAGGACCAUGCUCAGAAGCAGGAGACCACUAACAGCCUGCCGGCCCCUCCUCAGAUGCCCCUGCCAGAGAUCCCUCAGCCCUGGCUGCCUCCUGACAGUGGGCCUCCACCAUUGCCAACAUCCUCCCUCCCAGAAGGUUAUUAUGAGGAAGCUGUGCCGCUGAGCCCCGGAAAAGCUCCGGAAUACAUCACAUCAAAUUAUGAUUCUGAUGCGAUGAGCAGCUCUUAUGAGUCAUAUGAUGAAGAGGAGGAGGAUGGGAAGGGGAAGAAAACCCGGCACCAGUGGCCCUCCGAGGAGGCCUCCAUGGACCUGGUCAAGGAUGCCAAAAUCUGUGCCUUCCUGCUGCGGAAGAAGCGGUUCGGCCAGUGGACCAAGUUGCUCUGUGUCAUCAAAGACACCAAACUGCUGUGCUAUAAAAGUUCCAAGGACCAGCAGCCUCAGAUGGAACUGCCACUCCAAGGCUGCAACAUUACGUACAUCCCGAAAGACAGCAAAAAGAAGAAGCACGAGCUGAAGAUUACUCAGCAGGGCACGGACCCGCUUGUUCUUGCUGUCCAGAGCAAGGAACAGGCUGAGCAGUGGCUGAAGGUGAUCAAAGAAGCCUAUAGUGGUUGUAGUGGCCCCGUGGAUUCAGAGUGUCCUCCUCCACCAAGCUCCCCGGUGCACAAGGCAGAACUGGAGAAGAAACUGUCUUCAGAGAGACCCAGCUCAGACGGGGAGGGUGUUGUGGAAAAUGGAAUUACCACAUGUAAUGGAAAGGAGCAAGUGAAGAGGAAGAAAAGUUCCAAAUCAGAGGCCAAGGGCACUGUGUCGAAAGUCACUGGGAAAAAAAUCACCAAGAUCAUCAGUCUGGGAAAGAAAAAGCCAUCCACAGACGAGCAGACCUCCUCCGCUGAGGAAGAUGUUCCCACCUGCGGCUAUCUGAACGUGCUCUCCAACAGCCGCUGGCGGGAGCGCUGGUGCCGAGUGAAAGAUAACAAGCUCAUUUUCCACAAGGACAGGACCGACCUGAAGACCCAUAUUGUGUCUAUUCCGCUCCGUGGCUGCGAGGUGAUCCCGGGUUUGGAUUCUAAACAUCCUCUGACGUUCCGGCUGCUGCGCAAUGGCCAGGAGGUUGCAGUGUUGGAGGCAUCUUCUUCUGAAGACAUGGGCAGGUGGAUUGGGAUUUUACUCGCAGAGACGGGAUCGUCCACAGACCCGGAGGCUCUGCACUAUGACUACAUUGAUGUGGAGAUGUCUGCAAGUGUCAUUCAGACAGCCAAACAAACCUUCUGUUUCAUGAACAGGCGUGUUAUAUCUGCUAACCCAUAUCUAGGGGGCACCUCCAACGGCUAUGCCCACCCCAGCGGGACGGCACUUCAUUACGACGAUGUCCCGUGCAUCAACGGCUCGUGGGAACCGGAAGACGGCUUUCCUGCUUCCUGCAGCAGAGGCUUGGGAGAAGAGGUGCUUUAUGAUAAUGCAGGCCUGUACGAUAACUUGCCGCCUCCGCACAUCUUUGCCCGCUACUCUCCUGCUGACAGAAAGGCCUCUAGGCUGUCUGCUGACAAGCUGUCCUCUAACCAUUACAAAUACCCUGCCUCCGCUCAGUCUGUCACUAAUACCUCUUCUGUGGGGAGGGCGUCUCUCGGGCUCAACUCGCAGCUCAAGGGUAAAAAGCCCCCCGUGGCUUCUAACGGGGUCACAGGAAAAGGGAAGACUCUGAGCAGUCAGCCAAAAAAAGCGGAUCCCGCAGCUGGUGUGAAAAGGACGGGUUCGAAUGCUGCCCAGUACAAGUAUGGCAAGAACCGGGUAGAAGCAGAUGCCAAGCGGCUACAGACCAAAGAAGAGGAGCUGCUGAAGAGGAAAGAGGCCCUGCGGAAUAGGCUGGCCCAGCUCCGCAAGGAAAGAAAAGACCUUCGAGCGGCCAUUGAAGUGAACGCUGGCAGGAAGCCGCAGGCGAUCCUGGAGGAGAAGCUGAAGCAGCUGGAGGAGGAGUGCCGGCAGAAGGAGGCGGAGCGAGUCAGCCUGGAGCUGGAGCUGACAGAGGUCAAGGAGAGCCUGAAGAAAGCGCUGGCGGGCGGAGUCACCCUGGGGCUGGCCAUCGAGCCCAAGUCAGGGACAUCAAGUCCACAGUCUCCAGUGUUCAGGCACCGGACCCUGGAAAACUCGCCCAUCUCCAGCUGUGACACCAGUGACACCGAGGGCCCCGUGCCGGUGAACAGCGCGGCUGUCUUGAAGAAGAGCCAGGCGGCCCCGGGCAGCUCCCCCUGCCGAGGGCACGUGCUGCGGAAGGCCAAGGAAUGGGAAUUGAAGAACGGGACAUAGGGGACAGCAGCACCGCUCCAGCCUCAGAGACUGCACAUCCCCUUGCCCAUGUCCUCAUCUGUGUGACUGCAGGAAGCUCUGCCCAGAGUGGCCUCAGCUGCGCGACUCCAGAGGCUCCAUGACCGAGCUCUGAGGCCAGUGCCUCUCACCCAGGCCCACUUGUAUUCUUUCUACUGUAUGCUGGCGCCUUUAAAAAAGAUGUAAGACUUUGGUUCCCGACUUUGUUAGAAAACAAAAAAAGUGAUGGAGAGGUGUUUGAAAGGAUGCUAUCAGGCAAAGUGACAUCUUUCUAACCAGUUAAGCCAUUGCUUUCACCGAUUCCAUCUCAGCCCCGGACUGAGGACGGAUGGUUCCAUGACCCCAGGCGAAAACUUGGAUUCGACGGGGAAGAGCUUGGAUCCCUGGCUGCCCUGGGCAUGAGUGUGGCUGGCGCGUGGGCACUGGGCUCGCCUUGCACACCCACCAGGAGGGCCAGGGGCUUACGCAGUCCUGACAUGGACUUUGUGUCUCGGCGUACCCUCUCCACGUGCCCGUCUCCCUCAUCAUCAGAGGUAAAGGCAUGAGAAAAUUGUGCUGUGAAACAUUUUUUACCUUUUAUUAUUAUUUUUUUGGACAGAUGCUUUUGUCACCAAGACAUGAAAAGCUGCCAUUCUUCUUAACCUGUUUUUUAAGAAUGCCUUUUUGUUGUGUGUCACACUUAGAUCUAAGGAUUUUUCAGAGGUUCCUUAUUUUAUUAUUUGUGCUGCUUUUGACAGGUAGCAGAGGGUUUUAAUACUUCACUAACAGGGCGCCCUCCUCCCCCUUGGGCUAGCAUCCCCAGCCCUUAAUCCACGUCGGAGCCGGCAGGUGCUCCUCACACCAGGAGCCUCCGGGGGCAGGGGCUGGCUCCUCGCCGCUGUACAGGAUGUUUACUGCUGCGUGGGGCCAGGGCAGUCCUUUGAAAAGGAAGCAAGUUCCGGAACUUGUUCCCUUAUAGAACUAUAACAAACACCUUAGAGCAAGAGGCAGGAAUUCCAGGGCCUUGUUCCCUCAUGGAACUAUAACAUCUUAGAGCAAAAGGCAGGAAUUCCAGGGCCUCCUGCCCCUCCCGUCCUCCAGCUUGUCAAGUUAAAGCUUGUCAAGUUAAACCACUAAUGUGUUGGGGGGCCUGGCCGUGCUGCCUCUCCUGAGUGGGGUGGGUGCAGGUAGGGCCUCUUUCCCAGCUUUCUUGCUUGCCUUCUGUGCAAUAUUUCUUGGAGAAUUCAGAUGCCUAAGGCAUAAAGGAAAAAAAGAGUUCAUAGUUUGAGCUGGUAUCUACCCCCUGGGUUUAAAAAUCAGAUUAACUUCUUGGUCUCCCGGAGGCCACUGUCAGGAAUUCUCCAGUGCGGGAAGAUGCAGUCACUGAUGACGAAAUAAAUCACCCCUGAAAGGCUCCGCAGGCAGAUUCACGGAGGCCAGUCCCAGCAGCGGCCGCCCCUUCCCUGAGCGUAGAAUAUAGAGGUGCCACACUUGGUGCAAGCCCUCUGUCCACCGUCCAGAAUAUCCUUUAUCACACAGAGGAAGACACGGCAGGAGAGCACUGACUCCUUUAUUUCCCCCCCGACAUCCUUUCAGAGCGCCAGCUGUGUGGUGCAUGGGACUUUACAGUUUUAGGAUUCACAUUUAAGGUUGUGGCGCUUGAGGCCCGCAAGGGCCACGUGGGAUUACUGGAGCGGGAAAGCGGUCUCCUGGGUGUAAGAAAGUUUUACAACACGAAUUGGAAGCUGCUUGAGUCCACCUGAACUUGAGUUGAUUGCAAAGCCAUCUGCCAGGAACGGUUUUGGGUUCCUGAGCCGUCAGCCGGCCUUCCCCCUCUGAUGCACGUGCCUCCCGGCCCAGUCCGUGGAGGCCCAUCACACCAGCAUCCGUGACGCCAGCUUCCCACUAGGACACCCAGGCAGGUCGGGCGGGGCCGCCACACGCCUCAGGGCCGUCCGCUGCGUUGCCAUAGAGGAGCCCUCCCUCCGGUGGUCACUUCCCACCAUUGCAGGCAGCUGGGGCCACUUCGUAUCACACACAAUGAAUUUUCUAUCAAGGGAAAAAAGUUUGCUCCUCCAUAGAUUUUUGCUGCCUUCGGGUCAAAUAGUUUCCCCAGUUGAGGCUCUUGGGCCACUCUGAUGAUUGGCAGCCUGCUUAACUGUGCAAGGUUUUGGUGGUUAGUAAGAGAAGGGGGAGAUGGCCAGCCUGAAGGCUUGGUCCUGGCCCAGCACAGGUGGGCAGCAGCAAGCUGGCAGGUGAAGCGUGAGCAGCACACACAGUGUCACAUGGGCCUUAGCUGUCACCCACCAGCUUCCUCACCAGGCAAGGAGGCCCGGGGGCCUUAGCAGGGACUUGCCCGAGGGCACAGCUGAUUGGUGCUCGACUCCCAGCAUGCAUAUUUUGUUUUAAAAACCCAGGUUUGUAAUUCACUUCCACAACCCUAAGCCUUUUAAAGAGGCAGCAAACUUUAACGAAUCCCAUCGUGGUCCCAAGGAGCCUUUCAAAGUGGGUGCCCUGGAGGGGCCUGACAUUGGAUUCCUUCGAUGGCAGAUACUCCCUUGAAAUUUCCCAUUUGAUCAGAAAGUUUAAAGCAUUUACUUCAGAAUAAGUUAUUUAUUUGUAUAUGUUCAAAUAAAUAUAGUUUUUAAUUUAUAUCUAUCUGUACAUAUUAGACACACAUGAGCCAUCUUGCCAGAAUUCUGACAGUCACGUCAUUUUAUUCCCCUCCCAAAACAUGCCCCAGGAACAAGCACCCCUUGCCUCUGUGGCAGCAGCGAGUGUGUCCGAUUUCAUAACGAAGCCAGGCUGGGGGCAAGAGGCCCGACAGGCAGGCCGGGGUCCCCGGAGAAGCCAGAUUUCUUUGCAUUGUCACUGGUACUUAGCAGAUCGUCGUGUUCACAGGGGGCUAGCCGCCUAUACUAGGGUGCCGACCGCAUUGCGAGGAAUGUGGUGGCCACGCGAUGGAGCUGGCUGGAGGACAGGCCAGGUGAGGGGCCGACCCCUGCGGGGCUCAGGGCUCCUUCCAUUCUAACCUUGAGCCACAGUGUCACUCUUCAGGGCUCUGCUCCCGGCUCUAUUUUGUUAAGGUGUUAUCAGCCUUCAACCUCCAUUUAUAUAUUUUUAUAAUGUUAAGCCACUGACCAAAUUUUUUCAUAGAAACAACUAUCAGAUUAGAGGGCUCGCUUUGGUCCCCCUGACCUGGGCACAGGCAUGGGCCAUGGCUCCCUCUUUCCAGAAUCUGGGGGGAACUGGGGCAAGGCCCAUCUGUCUGCAAGGCCGGUAGCUCCCUCCCUCGGCUUCCAGAGUCCGCGGCGGUUGCAGGGUAACCAGUGUGGGUCUGCUGAGUCACCCCAGGCGCCAGACUCGCCCCAGGAGCACGGGCCACUGUCCAUAGGGCCUUGAGACCUUCCCUUGGGGCUGGCGGGCGGCGGUUUACCAAGUCCCAUCUCGCCCCUCUGUGCCUGUGCCCUGGCAUGGCCAGGCUUAACCUUCCCCUGUAUCUUGUCCCAGAGUUAUUACUGGCCAUUUCUAAAUAGACAAAAACUACCCUAAAAGGUGGAGAUUACUCCUUUUGAAAAGUCUAUUUCAAAAAGUGUGUCCUCAGCUCUGGAGGCCACCCCCAGGAAGAAGUUUGAGGUUCAUUGUCAUUAUGGCCACAAUCAGGCGUUUGUGCACGGGACUCAAAGGGCAGCGUUGAAGCUGGGGUUAGGUGUAGGGUUGUGGGCAAAGCUCUCUUGUUUGUGGCCACACCUCACCUUUCCAAGAAGGCUGUUAAUUCUACUCACCCACUAUUUGGAGGGGAUGUAAAUUUUGCCCACAGACUUUGCUACCCAGGUGAGGUGCUCUGUUCAUGCACGGAACUCAUGUCAUCAGACACCAUCCAAGGAUGGGCAGCCUGUAGUGUGGCUGGCGACUGCCAUACAGAGAAAAGGCACCUCAUGCCGCAGGGCGGGGCCGACACCCUGAGCUCACAGGUGGCCCCUGCAGUCAGGUGGCUGUCCAUCCUUGAAACAGCCUCCUCUGGGGGCACAGCACUGGAGGUCUCCAGGCAGGGCUCCAGGGUGCCCUGCAGCUUACAUAAAGGUUGUGGCAAUAUUUAAAUGUUAAACUAUUGCCUUCCUCUUAGUUUUCCUAAAAUAAUUUUCUAAUGGGAACAGUAACUUCAAGUUCAUGAAUAGUUUGAAGGAGGAUAAUUCAUUUUUUCCUGGUUGUCACUGUCUUCUUAUCCCCAUGAUGGGCUGGGUUCAUACUGUGAAAUAAACUAAAAUGAAACCAAAAUGUUCCUGCCAUAAACACGUGGCACAGCAUGGCGGAAAAAGCAAAGCCACCUCUAUUCUGAGUCCCCAAGCCUUAGCAGGGCGUUGAUCAUCUCUAAAAGAAGGGAAACUGCACCUAGGAAGCGGCGGGCGUCAGACGCAUCCUUUCGCCCCUAGUUCAUGACAUAGUUCCGGCUUUGGUCUUCCAGAAAAUCUCAACUUCACCGUGCACAAGUAUUACCGGGUCUUUUUAGUGUAGCCAUGGAAGACAGUUUCAGAAGGAGAUCCUCAGAUCAUAAUUCUUAGGGCCCAAAGGGGUUUUUCAUGAGAUAGUCUUUUUGAUUUUCUAACAAGGAAAUAUUCACUUUAAAUUUUAACAUCAACUUUUAAAUGAUAUUCAGAAUUAAUUGACCAUGGUGGUACAUUGUAAAAUGUUUUCAUAUUAAGAAUGUAAUUAUUUCCUUAUUGUAUUUUUUAAAAGCUAAAGUCAUAUUUAAAAUUCUCUUUGAAAGAAACAGGCAAAGAAACAGCAAAGAUUUUUUUAAAUUAAAUAUGUUGGUAGUGCCCAUUUUAAAUGACUGUAAAUAUAUUUUCACUGUUUCUCAAUGUAUUUAAUUCAUAAAGUAAAAAUUUUAUGAAAAGAAACUUGCAAGGAAAAUCCUAGUUUUCAGUCCACUCGCCCCACUUUUUAGUUAGCUUCACGGAAUUUCCUGCUUUCCUGGUUGAAUUUUCUACCGUUUCACGUGGUGUAACCCUAGACUGGCGCCCUUGGCGUGCCCCUUUGUGUAUGAAUAAACUUCUCUCCCCCA